UUCUUCCCUCUCCUUAAUACCCACUCAUCAAUGGUGGAGCCCCAAGAACCCGGCACUGCUUUAACGAAUCAAUCGCCAAGGAACUGAGAGUGAUCUGCUCUUUCUAUAGCUAUGAGGAAGCUCAGAUUCGUUCACAGUCUCCUCUUUUUGACGGCGAUCUGCUUUUUCCUUCCGGAGAUCGCCGCUAGAGGCGGCCACUCAGACUAUAUCCAGUCAGGUGAUGGAAAUGGUAGUUUUCAUGGUACUGCGAGGCAUUUAUUUGUGAAAGAAGAGCCUCGACCGAGUGUGGAAUUGACUCGAGGGUAUAUGACUAAUGAUGAUCUUGAGAAAGCAAUGAAAGGUUUCACCAAGAGGUGUAGCAAGAUCUCGAGAUUGUACAGCAUCGGAAAGAGUGUCAAUGGGUUUCCUUUGUGGGUCAUAGAGAUAUCAGACAGGCCUGGAGAGAUUGAGGCUGAACCUGCAUUCAAGUACAUUGGGAAUGUACAUGGAGACGAACCUGUAGGGCGUGAGCUCUUAUUACGUCUUGCAAACUGGAUUUGUGAUAACUAUGAAAAGGAUCCAUUGGCUAAGUUGAUUGUGGAAAAUGUUCACCUUCAUAUACUGCCAUCACUGAAUCCAGAUGGAUUUUCAGUCAGGAAACGUAAUAAUGCAAACAACGUUGAUCUAAAUCGCGACUUCCCUGACCAGUUCUUUCCCAUAAACGAAGACUUGAGUAGGAGGCAACCUGAAACUACGGCUAUUAUGACUUGGCUGAGAGAUAUACGAUUCACAGCUUCGGCUACGUUGCAUGGGGGUGCCCUGGUCGCAAAUUUUCCAUGGGAUGGUACGGAGGAUAAGAGGAAAUACUAUUACGGUUGUCCUGAUGAUCAAACAUUCCGGUUCAUGGCACGUCUAUAUAGCAAUUCUCACCGAAACAUGUCUUUGAGCCAAGAGUUUGAGGGUGGAAUCACGAAUGGAGCAUCCUGGUACCCAAUAUAUGGUGGUAUGCAGGACUGGAAUUACAUACAUGGAGGAUGCUUUGAAUUGACUUUGGAAAUAAGUGACAACAAAUGGCCUCCUGCCUCAGAGCUUCCCACGAUUUGGGAGUACAACAGAAAGAGCAUGCUGAAUCUUGUUGCAAGCUUAGUGAAGACAGGAGUUCAUGGACGGAUCUUUUCAUUAGACCAAGGGAAGCCACUACCUGGGCUUGUUGUGGUCAAGGGAAUCAACUAUACGGUUAAAGCUCAUCAAGCAUACGCAGACUACCACCGUUUACUUGAACCUGGACAGAUGUAUGAAGUCACAGCAUCGUCUCCUGGAUACAAACCGAAGACAACAACUGUUUGGUUAGGUGAAAACGCUGUCACUGCUGAUUUCAUUCUCAUCCCAGAAGCAAGUUACAGAGGCAAGCUUCUGAGAAGCAGCUGUGACUGUAGCUACGGCCAGCCGUUAGUUCUAACGCGCUUUUUCACGGAGACUAAUAACGGAAUCACUUUGGCGCUUGUGGUGGUUGUCGUUUUCCUCUUCUUUUUGUUGCAAAGAAGAGUGAGAUCUAAUCUAUGGAAGCAAAGACAAUCCUCUAGGAGAUCAACAACAGUAUGAUCAUUAACUCUUUUUACUCUAAUAAAGCAAAAACCAGAGUCUCGUUUAGUUGUUGCCACAUUAAACAUUUACUAUAAAUUAUACAAGUGCAUAAAGAGUUUGUACUAUUAAAUGACUACGGCAACAAGUGCCUCGUCUUCUAUCUCUGCAUCCGUAAAUGUCAACAUUCGCUGAAGCUUUCUCGUGCAAAACACCUCGACUUCAGCUAUGUACGUUGCUGUAACCGGACGAUGAUCUGAGAAUUUAUGUUCUGUCCGCCGGUAAUCAACCAACCUCAUCCCUUUACCGUAAGAUAGUAUUCUGUCACACCAAGCUGGUUUUCUCCUUGUUGCCUUUCCGUUGCCACUGGUGUACUCUUCGGAAUGCGCUUGGUACUUAUAGGUCGGUGCAAACUGUAGAGUUCCUUCUGACCAUCCGUCAAACGCUCGAGCUUUCUUGUAU